CGCCUGCAUUUAAUUCAAUUUUUUUACUUCUCACUAUACGCUAGCUUCCUGUAUUUUUUAUUUCCACAUUUAUAUUCUGGGCCACCUUCUACAACUGUGUUCUUGGCCCAAUAUUGUUUUAACUCUUUCUUCUCUUUCUUGCAUAUAUUUGCACACAUUUCUUUCAUUAUUUCUCACUCACUUUUUUGUUGUCUUACUAGUGUGUAAAAAACCCCAAAAAUGCAGCUCACAGUGGGCCAACUGCUGCUUACAUAUGUACUAGGCAUCUUGACGCUGCCGGUCCUGGUAUUCACGGGACUAUUCGUGCUCUGGGCUCUGCUUCCACCAGUUGAGAACCCCGCAGCACACAGCCACGCAGACAGCAACAUUGAGAACAAACCGGAAGACACUGCAUUUUUGCUCGAAAUGCACCAGCAAAUUCAGAGGAAACCAAGCACAGCAACGGACAAUACCCCUGCACCACCCAACAACUUGAAGGGCGCGCACUCGCCAGUAUGGUCGCCCUAUGGCAGCCGGCGCACAGGGUGGCUGCGCAUAACCAGGUCCCUGGGUACCAAUCCACCGGAGCUCACCGCUGAGACAAAUACCAACAUAACGGACAUGGUAGCGCGCGGGUUUGCCAAAUGGAUAACAAGUAAGCGCACAGACAACCUGGGCCCAGAGAGCGCUACAAACAUGAUGGUGGCGGAGGGAGCGCAAGAUCUCUACUACGUGGUCCUGGAUGGCGACACCCUAGUGAUGUACGACGGAGAGCCCAUGCAUGAGUGCCGCGGAGUCAUCAUUAUGACAAAGUACCGUGUCUCCCUGCACCAUCGGCCUAACACGAGCGAGGCGCAGGUGUAUUCGCGCAAAACGCCCAUUCGGCUGGCUCCCCUGGAUGACUCGGUGGAGGCGCAGAUGUAUAAGAGACAGGUGGCCGAGUACUAUAUCUACGUUGAUAGGCCGUCGGAGAAGGAGGACUGGUAUUUUGCCUUGACAUGGAGCUCCCUCCUGGGCCUUGCCGCGGAGAGCAACAAUGGUGGAAGCAGCUGCAGCGAAGAGGAGGCUGGUGCGGCUGGGGAGGCGCUUUACUCGGAGGGUGGCGGUGCUGGGUCCCCGCCUAACUCGCCGCAGCCAGCGACCCACGCGAGUAAAAAGGCCAGAACAGAACGUGAGCCAACUAGCGAGCAGCGCGACCGGCUGCAGCGCCGGCUGCGGCAAUCAUGCCUGAUGCCGGAUCGGGCGGGCAUUGGCUCUAUCAUGCACACCAUCGGCGCACGCGGGUCGUCGGCCAAGCCCGGGGACGUGCAGCCGGACGAGUGGCUGAACGGCAUUUUUGGGCGCAUGUUCCUUGCAGCCUACCGCACAGAAUGGGCGCGGCAGCAUUUUAUUCGCAAGAUGCAGACGAAAUUCGACCGCGUCGAGAAGCCGAUUUUCCUCGACCGCAUUGUUGUCGCCGACCUGGAUAUCGGCGAUAACGUCCCGGUGAUAACCAACUUUAAACUCGAAUCCUUUGGUUCCGACGGCCAGGUUGACGCAUCCAUGUUCGUGCAUUACAUGGGUGGCUUCAAGCUCGUGCUGCAUACCGGGGUGAAGAUUGGCUCCCUGCGCAUGUCGGUGUCCCUUUCCGUUGUUUUGCAGAGCGUUGCAGGGAAGAUGCUGUUGAGGUUUAAGCCGGCGCCGUCGAAUCGCUUUUGGAUGGGCUUUUACGAGAUGCCGAGUCUUCGCCUGCACGUGUCCCCAGUGUUCAUGCAGAAGCAGGUCAAGUACGCUGCUGUUUCGCAGGCUAUUGAGAAGCAGAUCUACGAUAUUGUGCGCACCACCCUGGUGCUGCCCAACCUCGACGACACUGUGUUUUUCCCGACCACGGUUGAGGAGGGCGCCAUCCUGGAGUCGUCACUCAAGGAGUUUCAUAACGCCGGGCUGGACAAGCACCGGCAGGCAAGCGGUGAUCCUGAGCAAGCAUCCGACGACAGUGCCGCUGCCAUGGCCGCCGAGGACUCUCCCCAUCUGGGCUCGGACCAGAUGCGCGCGCGACAGAGGAAGGCGCAGGACCAGUCGCGGCCCUUAUCCGUGACAUCGGCCGAACCAAGCGCCACGGAAACCAGGGGCGCACCGCCAAAAAUAUCAGUCAACAGCCCGCACCAAAGAUACAACUCAGUUGACGUGAUGCACACGCACUCCUCGCCGCACUUGCUUGUUGGAAAUGCAAUGGUGACCCCGCACUCGCUCCCUGAUGAUCUACUCGUGCAGCAGCCGGGGAUGAAUUCGGGCAGAGCAACGCCAACUAAUUUGGCGCAAGCGCCUUCUGGUCGCUCGCCAUCCCCUGCUUCGCGUUCGGUUGUGUCGCAGAAACGCGCCAUGUCGAUAAAGAACACCAUUUCGGAUUCUGCCGCUUCGCUGUUUAAGCGCGCAAGGGAUAGCCAGGCCGCGGGGUCGGCCAAAACAUGGUGGCAGAAUAUCCAGCAAAGCGCCAAUAAUGGCAACAACAGCAACAGCAGCACCAGCACCAGCAGCACCUUAAUGGCUGAAAACAUGGCGGCUACUGCCGCGACAAAACCUAUGCUUGAUCCGAGGCCCAUAGACAGCGACACAGGGCUGGGUAUCAUCGAUAUAUCGACCAAUCGCUCCACCUCAUCUCUCCCAACGGCUGCAACAAUAUCGGCAGACAUUGCCCCGACAUCUCCCAGCGCUGUCAAGCUCAGCAGCAAUAAUGUGCAUCUCAUGUCUCAGUCGCACGUAUUUGAUGGCAUGACUCCGCGAUCACCGGGUUUGGCCAGCGAGGAUGUCGAGGACGGUGUUCGUAGUGUCGCCAGUGGGUUCCAGUUUCCCCGAAUGGGCGAGAACGCGUCUAACGGAAGAAACCCCGGUACUGCUAAUAGGGAUUCGUUGCUUGUGAGGAGGAGACCCGCUGCGCUGAGUCAGGGAAGUGAGAUUGAGCUUCCUGCGCAGCGCCAUUAUUCUAAGCCAGCGCCGGCUGCUGUUACUAGACCAAACUAAGUAAACAAAAAGACAUUGGUUAUGAAAAUAAUAUUUUAGUUUAUCAAGUUGUCCAAAAAAAAUUCGUUUAUUAUUA